GCAAGUACUAGCUGCAACAUCACUCCCUUUCAAAAAAUUCAAUAACAACUCUCUCUUCUUCUCUCUAUCUCUCUCUCUACUCCACUUUUCUCAAAAUCAAACCCAAAUUUCACAACUUCCAAAAUCCUCUCUCUUUCUCUUACAAGAACCUUGCGAGUUAGGUCCAAAGUUGAAAGCUUCUUCUCUCAUCAAACCCUUCUUCUUCACCACUUUUACUUUCUCCUUCUCCAAUCCCUCAAAAGCUCACAUCAAUGGGUACAUUUUCUUUUUGAGAACCGCCCAUAAUCCCCAAUGAUUAAACCCUUUUCAUGCGCGAAUCCCACUUCAUUUCUUCGUUCCUCGAGAAAGCUAAAUGUCUUAAUCAAAAACCCUUUUCUUUUUUUCCACGGAUCUGUUCUUAAUCUUCCAUAAAGAUUCAAACUUUACUCGAAAUUGUUUCAAAGUUUCGAUUUUUACAAUGGUUUCAGAAGCUUGGAUUGUGAAAAUGAGAAACCAAGUAAGUGCUAAUCUCAAACACGCUCUUCUUCUUGAAUCUUCCACUAAGAAAACCCCUAAAAGCUCUUCUCUUCCUAAACAAACAAUUGGAAUCUUAUCUUUCGAAGUAGCUAACAUUAUGUCCAAAACCAUUCACCUUCACCGUUCUCUGUCCGAUACAGAGAUCUCUAAGCUCAAAUCCGAGGUUUUUCGGUCUGAAGGAGUUAGAAAUCUUGUUUCUUCCGAUGAGAAUCAUCUUCUUGAUCUCGCUGUCUCUGAGAAGCUUGAUGAUUUGAGCCGUGUAGCUAGUGUUGUGUCUAGGUUAGGUAAGAAAUGUAACGAACCUGCUUUACAAGGAUUUGAGCAUGUUUAUGAAGAUAUAGUGAAUGGGGUUAUUGAUUUUAGGAAGUUAGGGUUCUUGGUUAAAGAUAUGGAAUCUAUGGUUAAGAAGAUGGAGAGAUUUGUGAAUGCUACUUGUAGUUUGUAUUGUGAAAUGGAAGUGAUGAAUGAGCUUGAACAAGCUAUAGUGAAGCUUCAGAGAAGUCAGCAACAUCAAGAGAGUGUUAAAGCUUUUGAACAGAAGCUUAUGUGGCAGAGACAAGACGUGAGAGGUCUUAGAGAUGGUUCGUUGUGGAACCAAACUUAUGAUAAGGUUGUUGAGAUGUUGGCUAGAACUGUUUGUACUAUUUAUGGUAGGAUUGAAACUGUUUUUGGUGGUUUGGGUUUGAGAGGGAAAAAGGAUGUGACUUUGAAGAGAGAUCGUAGCAAGAAUGAAGCGAGUAAGGUUGUUAACUCGAGGUCUGUUGCGGGGUUUAAGGAUUCGAGGAGAAGUGAAGCAGAGGAGUUUACGCGUGCAGGGGAUUUCAAUUUCCCUUGUGGGACUAAUCCUGGUAGGAUGUUUAUGGAAUGUCUUGCUAUGAAUAGGACUAUUGGUGAUGAUGAUGAUGAUGAAGAUGAUGCUCGGAUUACAUUUCCUUUGAAUACAGCUCGGAUGAUUCGGACUAGUAAGUUUGGUUUUAAGAGCAGGUUAACUCAACAUGCUUCAGCUUCAACUAUUGGAGGUUCUGCUUUAUCUUUGCACUAUGCGAAUGUUGUGAUUGUGGUAGAGAAGCUUCUCAAGUACCCUCAUCUAAUAGGCGAAGAAGCAAGAGACGAUCUUUACCAAAUGUUACCAACGAGUUUGAAAACAACGCUCAAAGCCAAUCUUAGAUCGUACUUGAAGAACAUUUCGAUCUACGACGCUCCUUUAGCUCAUGAUUGGAAAGAAACAAUAGACGGUAUACUGUCCUGGCUUGCACCUUUAGCUCACAACAUGAUCCGGUGGCAGAGCGAACGCAACUUCGAGCAGAAUAAUCAGAUUGUGAAGCGAACGAAUGUUCUUCUACUUCAGACGCUUUACUUUGCUGGUAGAGAGAAGACAGAAGCUGCAAUUUGUAAACUUCUUGUCGGGUUAAACUACAUUUGCCAUUACGAACAGCAACAAAACGCGUUGCUGGAUUGCGCGAGUAGCUUUGAUUAUGAAGAUUGUUUCGAGUGGCAGAGCCAAUGCCGUGCAGCUUACUUGGACUAACAAUUGGGGUUUUUUUUUUCUUCUUUCUUUCUUCUUCUUAGUGUUGUUUUAUAGAUACAUUUGUUUAUGAUUCAACACAAUGUGAAUAUCUAAAUCUCUAGUUUCGUUUGCAUACAUAAAAAAAAUGAUUGUGAAAAUUGAAGUUCUAUUGUUGAUUA